GACGUCAGGCCCACGCAUGCGUCGUAGAAACUUUGCAGCGUCGGUAGCAGAGCGUCGGAGCGCGAGAGUUCAGUGAGGCGUCGGUUGCGGGCAACCGUAGACCGCGUCUGUAAGUCAGCGUGACGUCGUCAGAAUGCUGUGUACUGCCGUCACCUGACACGAACAACUUAUGUGUGUGGUCCAGUCAUAGUUCUUGUUACUAACGCAGAAAAGUGCAGUCACUUUCUUUUCGAUGUUAAUGAAUGACUCCUGUUGACGCUCCACCUGUGGCCGAAAUGAAGAAGCGUACGGGGAAACCUGACAAUGUUAUCAGCAUGUUCGUAAGAAGGCAACCCGCAGGUAAUUACCCCUCGAAACUGUCUCACCACCGCCAGGGUUAUCACCCACCGAACUGCAGACUAAGUUUACAUUGGACAUGAGGUGUGAUGUGAACAAGGAUGCACUUUAUGAACGACUAUUUCAUUCUAUUUCCGAAACUGUCCAGUCUGUACGGUGUCGCAAAAUGUGUCGUUACAUAUUUGUGAUGAAAUGUUAGAAAAUAAAACUAUUUAAAUAUGUGAUGCUAGUCCAUCUAUUAUAAUCAGAGAGCUUCAAAAUAUUAACGCUUAUUACAUUGUGCAUAAGAGAAGCAUGAGUUUUAGUGUUAUGUUCUGUGUUCAAGUUAUACAGUCUGUCAUAAAAUAAUACAUCAAGAUAUGUGAUUUCGAAAAUUCACUUAAACUGAAAUGCAGAAAGAGACUUCGUAAAUAAUGUCCUUCGCUAUACUUACCUAUGCUAUUAUCUGAAUGAAGAUUUGGAAUUAUAAAGACACAAGUUACACAUGUCAUCUAGAAGAUAGGACUGGUGUGUUUAGUCACCUUCUGGAAGGAUAUCACUUGCCUGGAAGUGAGAAAUAUAUCGUAAAUUGCAGCUGCAAAUUGAUACUGGGAAGUGCAUCGUAUGCUUAUUUCACAAAUAAAUAAGUCAAGCGUACCCGAAGGAAGUGAUCAGGAAAUUUUAAUGACUUCUUUAUUCUUCAAUAUCACAUUCACCAAUGACUCUAAAGCACGUUUACAACAUGUAGCCCUGAUAAUACCAACAACUUACAGUUUGUAAAGGCGAACCUUGUGGUGUAUCCAUUUUUCAUUAUACUUCAUGUAUAUAAGCACGUGGAAAAUGAUGUAAAGUGAAACAAGUCAAGAGUUGUUAUACGUUCUUUUUAAACACGGCGUUUCCUAUGUUCAUCCCUACGCAGAACGCCGUCCCUACUUUCGAUAAUAUACAGAAGUAUAAUGCCUUACUUUGGGCCCAGAAAGACACAUUUGAAGCCAAAAGCCUAUGAGAACAACACAGAUGAGUUUAAGGCUGGAGUAAUUUCUGAGAUCUGGCGCGUAAUACCGGAAACGGAAAUCUCCGGGAUAAUUUUGAAGAAGCUCUGAGUGUUAUGAACGGUAGCGCGUGUUCUGCUCUGUUGGAGCAGGUCGCCUGGGAUAACCCUAGUCUGAUCGCCUCGCUUGUCGUCUUGCUGCUGAUCAGCGUGAUGGUGAUCGUGGGCAACUGCCUGGUUAUCGCAGCGGUCUUCAUCAGCUCCAAGCUCCGCUCUGUCACAAACCUCUUCAUCGUGUCCCUAGCCGUCGCGGACCUCAUGGUGGGGCUCGCCGUGUUGCCCUUCAGUGCUACCUGGGAGGUGUUCAAGGUGUGGAUCUUCGGCGACGUGUGGUGCUCCAUAUGGCUUGCUGUGGACGUGUGGAUGUGCACUGCCUCCAUCUUGAAUCUGUGUGCCAUUUCUCUCGACCGUUACGUUGCAGUGACCCGCCCUGUUACGUAUCCCAGCAUUAUGUCUUCCAGUCGCGCCAAGCUACUAAUAGCAGGAGUUUGGGUGCUAAGCUUCGUGAUCUGCUUUCCGCCGUUGGUUGGCUGGAAGGACAAACGGGAAGAACCGCCCCACGUCAACCAUCAUUCCUCUCGGCCACUCUCCCCAGCGACCUCGGCACUGCAGGUACCGACGCCAUGUCCCUGGAUCUGUGAGCUAACGAACGACGCUGGCUACGUCGUGUACUCGGCGCUGGGCUCCUUCUACCUGCCCAUGUUCGUAAUGCUCUUCUUCUACUGGCGGAUCUACCGCGCAGCGGUGCAGACAACGCGUGCCAUCAACCAGGGCUUCCGUACCACCAAAGGCUCGCGAACCAUUGGAAGCCGCUUCGACGAGCAGCGCCUCACACUAAGGAUUCAUAGGGGACGUGGAUCCUCGGUGAUGCGGCACGGACCACCCCCAGACAGCAGUGUGACGGAGACCAGCCUGACGAGCAGUGUGUGCGGGUCUCCCAGCAGUGGGGCCACCAGCAUCAGAUCACCCGAAUGUCAGCGCCUCAACCGCUCGUCCACACGGCGCAGCAACAAGCCCAUAAAAAUAAGUGUGAGCUACCCGAGUAGCGACGCCAUUAGCACUAGCACUAACAACAACGGCGGGAUGCCACCCUCUUCCUCCCCGAGUCCCAACAGCUCCAAGAAGUCGAGUUUCUCUUCGUCUUCCCCACCCCCCGGCCUGUACGCUGUCCACUACACAAAUGGGAACCGGGAAUCCACAUCGAGUACGUACCGCAGAAGCGAUCCCAACUGUCACCUGCGGGUGACAGGGUCGCGCCUAGCCUCACACAACCGUCGGCGGAGGAGCAGUACAGACAGCACGCUGGCGCCAGGAUCGAGUCAGCAGCUGCUGGAGGAUAAGGAUCUGUCGCCCUCGCCCACCUUCGACGAGAGCAACGCAGCCAACAAGCCCAGGCUCAUCUCCAGGAUGGGGAAGCGUAACAUCAAGGCGCAGGUGAAGCGCUUCCGCAUGGAGACCAAGGCUGCUAAGACACUGGGCAUAAUCGUGGGCGGCUUCAUUGUAUGCUGGCUGCCUUUCUUCACCAUGUACUUGGUUCGCGCUUUCUGCGAGGACUGCAUCCACCACCUCUUGUUCUCCGUCCUUUUCUGGCUUGGCUACUGCAACUCUGCUAUCAACCCUUGCAUCUAUGCUCUCUUCAGUAAAGACUUCAGGUUCGCCUUCAAGAGAAUUAUCUGCCGCUGUUUCUGUGCAAAGAAACUGACGAAUGAAACUCGCGACUGGACAAGACGGAGAGGCUCAGAUGGUUCUCAGCUCGGAGCCCGUAUGCUGGAGCCCGGGUCUGACAGAGGUAGAUCUCCCUCAAACAACAAUACCCAGCAGUACCCCCAGAACUCGAUGGGUGAGGACAGCGACCAAGGGAAUGAGGGAUCUGACUCCAGGUGACCUCCAAUGCUGUCACAGAAAGCGUGGAGCAAAUAUUUUUUUGUUCUCUGUGACUUCAGUUGUUGUGCAGGGAACUGCUUCUUUUUUAAAUUUAUUUUACUUCAGUAAGAAAUAGCGAAUUCAAAUGCGGUAUUCGACUGUACUUACAUAAAAACAAGGACAUUCACAAUUCUGCUGUGAAUAAUUUCAGUUAGCAGGACACACAUUGCGAUUAACAAUAUUAUAAUGAAUGAGCUUAUAUUUUCAAGACAGUAUUUCGUUUCAGUUUCUUGUAUGACUACAUGAAUUGAGGCCCAGUCACAGAAAUGUAUACAGGGGUGUAAAGUUGAGGAACCUAAAGUUGUUGCCGACUGGUGGCUCUUCCAUGUCGAGUCUGCAGCGACAUGGAGGCGCAGCCUGUGACGAAACAAUUCUGGAAUGAAAAUAUGUAUUACAUUCAGGAAUGACAAAAAAUGUUUUCUGUCUGAGGGAACUUGAAGGAAGAUAUUUAUUUUCUGAGUCUGAGCCAACUAUCUUUGCAUUAAUACCUAUGACUAUCAUUAAAUCAAUUUUUAUGAAUAAAUUCGCUUUAAAAACUUAUGCCUUGCCUGCUGUUGAAGAAAUAUUUACUCUCUUUUGAAUGUGGAUCUCUUACUUAAUAGUACGGUCUGCCCUUAGAGGACUGAAAUUACAAAUCAAAAAAUUCUCUUUUCAAACCAUCGCUUAUGCUGACAGUUUUCAAUUGAUGCAUUCCUAGGCGUGCAUCACAGCAGGCUAAGUAAUGGCACUGCACACUUUCAAUAUGGAGCAUUAUAGUCCCUGACUUGCUACCCACACCAGCAUUAUCUCUGUAUUUCUUUCAUAUAAUAUUGAAAUACUGAGGAAACACCUUGCUUUACUGUUCAUCAAAGUUCUAGUCAGACUGAAGCUAAGUCAUGGUGGACUAGCACCAUCCAUCACAUUGGAUUGUGCACCCUGAGAAUUAAUCCAUGAGUGUGUUUCGGCACUGGCUUCAGUAGUGGAACGUUAACUGUUUUAAACAAAGUGCAGCAUAUUUCUGUCUUCAGUCUGCAGGAAUGAAGUGAAAAGGAAUGGUUGUCUGUAAGUCGGUAAUAAUCUCGUUAAUCCUGGUGUGAAUUUUUAAGUUUAUUCACUUGUAUUGCUUAUAUGGAAACCAUUAUCAAUUGUGGUAAAUAAUUUCAGUCAGAAUCAAAUCUAGAAAAUUUACACAAAUUUUACCUCUCAUAUAUUGUUCCAAUACAAGUUUGGUUAUAAAUCUGAUGACCUUACAACCUGCAACCUCACAGGUAACUAGAUAAUUCUUUCUCUGAAUUAUUUAGUAACAUAUAUAUUUUGGUUUAUCUGAAUCGUAACAACAGAAUGCUAAUAUAGAGUAUGAUAUAUAGUCAUAAAAAUUUGAAAUAUUGGAACAACAUGAAAAUAAUAAGGGGCUUUCAAAUUGUAAUUAUAAUCAUUUUAAAACAUGUCCAAUACAUCAAAAUUUUCAGAAGAAAUUAAUAUAUAAAAUUAUUGUGGUCCAUUCAGGUUUUCCUUGCAUAGGCUGCAGUGUUUUAGUUAAUCACAAAAUUCCUGAUGAAUUUUAGUAAUAAUCAGUUGUAUGUACUCAGGGGAAUCAGCCAGAAUGCAAAUUUUGAGUAAAAUAUUGUAACGUGUUUCGUUACUGAUCCCACUUCUGACACCAAUGUAACGUGUCUUGCGUUA